AGGAGAGUGUAAAUAUAUCUUUUUCCUAACAUAAUUGAAGAAUAUUUGGGAGAGAGAUGGAGAAGAGUGAGCUCGAGAAAGAGAAAGAGAAAGAGAAGGAAUCGGAAAAGGUUUGCAAGAGAUGCAAGACAACGUUCAUCCCUUCUUCCAAUUCGUCUUCUUCGUGCCGCUUCCACCCUUCCUUCUUCGUCUGUCGCCGCCACGACGAUCAAAAGAGGUACUAUGAGUUGGGGCCGAAUGAUCCUCCCUAUGCUGCCAAAUUCUAUGACUGCUGUGGAGCUGAGGACCCUGAGGCUUCUGGCUGCACUACCAAUUUUCAUGUAUCUUAUGACGAAGACUGAUGUAAAUGUAACUUCUCUCAUCCAUUACUUAAUACAUAGCAUUAAACAAUCAACUAGUCUCAUUUUCACCAUUUUGUGUAUGAUAUACAAAUUCUUCAGCUGUCGUUUGUUGUGCACAAACCCAAAGUUUUGAUUAUCAUGUUUUAAUUUCUCUAAUGGCAUUUCAUCUGCAUGAAUGUACUCUA